AAACACUUGUGUUUGUUUGGAGUAUACAGUAUAGUAUGCCCCCACAUGAGUCAGUGAGAGACAGAAGUUUUAUGCAGCUUUCAUUCACUCAGCACUGCCCAUUUCUCGUGACUGAGUGAAAAAGCCUAUACACUCACUCACUACAUGGGAAGAGGAGAGGAGUUUCCUUUCCUUCUCAACACUCUCACUCUCACACCCUCAAAUCUCUUUCCUCUCUCUCUCUCUCUCUCUCUCUUUCUCUCUAUUGGGACUUUGUGACACAACAAAACACCUGAUCCAUCCGUGAACAACUUUACUAAAAACCAUUCAUUCUACUCUUCUCUCUCUCUCAACAACGAAGACCUUUUACUCCAACAUACUCACUUUCUCAUUUGCUUCUCUUCUAUCUCUCUUUUGUUGUUACAAAGGCUGAACGAUUCUAAAGAUUUUUUUACCUUUAACCAAGUGAUGGAAGCAGAAGCAAAAUAAAGAAAAGGGGUGAAGGAAAAAAGUAUGACUUUUUUAGUGAAAAGAACAAGACGCAAAAUUGUUGGUUUGUGAUUACAUAGUUUAGUAGAUUUUUUUAUCACAGAUUUGGGAGAAGAACAGUGUUGAGUUGAGUGGAGUAGAAUUACCAACACUUCAAGAGAGAGAGAGAAAGAGAAGGGAGUAGUGUACAGAGAUGGAGAUUAUGGGCUUGUUGUAUGUUGUGUUAGGUUGGUAUCUUUCAAAUGGUGUUUUUGUGUGUGCUGAGUUCAAGGACCAAGCUAUAUUACAUGCAAUUAAUCAAGAGCUUAGAGUUCCUGAAUGGAGUGAUGCAAAAAUUUCAGAUUACUGCACUUGGCAAGGGGUAAGUUGUGGCAAUCAUUCAAUGGUGGAGAAGCUUGAUCUUGCUCACAAGAAUCUUAAAGGUAAUGUGACUUUAAUGUCUGAACUCAAAAGUUUGAAGCUACUUGAUCUUUCAAAUAAUAACUUUGGUGGAUUGAUUCCUCCUUCUUUUGGAACUUUAUCUGAGCUUGAAGUUCUAGAUUUGUCUUCUAAUAAGUUUGAAGGUUCAAUUCCAUCACAGUUUGGUGGUCUCACAAGUCUAAAAUCAUUGAACCUUUCUAAUAAUUUGCUUGUUGGUGAGUUACCAAUGGAACUUCAUGGCUUAGAGAAAUUGCAAGACUUGCAACUUUCUAGUAAUCAAUUGAGUGGUUUUAUACCUUCUUGGGUUAGUAAUCUGACCAAUUUGAGAGUUUUUUCGGCUUAUGAGAAUAGUUUAGACGGCAGGAUUCCGAAUGAUUUAGGCUUGAUUCGUGAACUUCAAAUACUAAACCUUCAUUCUAACCAACUUGAAGGUCCAAUACCAGCAAGUAUUUUUGCUUCAGGAAAGUUAGAAGUUCUGGUUCUCACUCAGAAUAAUUUUAGUGGUGAUUUACCUGAGGAAAUUGGGAAUUGUCAUGCCCUUUCAAGCAUUAGAAUUGGAAACAAUCAUCUUGUAGGUACUAUUCCUAAGACCAUUGGAAAUCUCAGUAGCCUAACAUACUUUGAAGCUGAUAAUAAUAAUCUUUCUGGUGAGGUAGCGUCGGAAUUUGCUCGGUGUUCUAAUCUCACCCUCUUGAAUUUAGCUUCGAAUGGAUUUUCUGGGACUAUUCCGCAAGAAUUUGGACAACUUAUGAACCUUCAGGAAUUGAUUUUGUCUGGAAAUAGCUUAUUCGGUGAUAUUCCAAAAUCAAUUCUCAGUUGCAAAAGUCUUAACAAGCUUGAUAUUAGCAACAACAGAUUCAAUGGAACGAUACCAAAUGAAAUCUGCAAUAUUUCUCGGCUGCAAUACUUGUUGUUGAAUCUGAAUUCCAUAAGAGGGGAGAUCCCUCAUGAAAUUGGAAAUUGUGCAAAGCUUCUUCAGUUACAAUUGGGAAGUAAUUAUUUGACCGGAACUAUCCCUCCUGAGAUCGGUCGCAUCAGGAACUUACAGAUAGCUUUAAAUUUGAGCUUCAAUCAUCUCCAUGGACCACUGCCAACAGAAUUGGGAAAACUCGACAAACUUGUUUCUCUCGAUGUUUCAAACAAUCGGCUCUCAGGUAAUAUCCCGGCUGAGCUUAAGGGAAUGUUGAGCUUGAUCGAGGUGAACUUCUCGAACAAUCUGUUUGGAGGUCCUAUACCAACAUUUGUACCGUUUCAGAAGAGUCCUAGUUCAAGUUUUUUCAGCAAUGAAGGGCUUUGUGGAGAGCCAUUGAAUUCUUCAUGUGGAGAUCUUUAUGAUGAUCACAGUAAUUACCAUCACAAGGUUUCUUACAGAAUCAUACUGGCUGUAAUUGGUUCUGGUUUAGCAGUUUUUACGUCGGUAACUGUAGUUGUCUUGCUGUUUAUGAUCAGAGAGAGGCAAGAAAAAGCAGCCAAAGAGGCUGCUGGGAUGGUUGAUGAUGCAACCGAUGAUAAACCAACUAUAAUAGCAGGAACAGUUUUCGUUGAUAAUUUAAAACAAGCAGUGGACCUUGAUGCUGUUGUUAACGCAACACUGAAAGAUUCGAAUAAGCUCAGCAGCGGAACUUUCAGCGCAGUUUACAAAGCAACCAUGCCUUCUGGUGUGAUCUUAUCAGUUAGGAGACUGAAGUCUGUGGACAAGACAAUAAUCCACCAUCAGAACAAGAUGAUUAGAGAACUUGAAAGGCUAAGCAAAGUUUGUCAUGAGAAUCUAGUGCGGCCGAUCGGAUAUGUCAUUUACGAAGAUGUUGCUCUUCUCUUGCAUAAUUAUUUUCCAAACGGAACAUUGUCUCAGCUUCUUCAUGAAUCUACCAAGCAACCUGACUAUCAGCCUGACUGGUCAGCUAGGCUAUCGAUUGCCAUUGGUGUGGCAGAAGGCUUGGCUUUCCUUCAUCAUGUCACGAUUAUCCAUCUUGACAUUUCUUCUGGCAAUGUUCUUUUGGAUUCAAACUUCAAGCCAUUGGUUGGAGAAAUUGAGAUUUCGAAACUUCUUGAUCCAACCAAAGGCACCGGAAGUAUUAGUGCAGUUGCCGGUUCGUUCGGUUACAUACCUCCAGAAUAUGCAUACACCAUGCAAGUGACAGCACCAGGAAAUGUUUACAGCUAUGGCGUUGUUUUGUUGGAAAUCCUUACAACUCGACAACCUGUUGAAGAAGAUUUUGGCGAAGGCGUAGAUUUGGUCAAGUGGGUUCAUAGUGCUCCUUUAAGAGGAGAAACUCCAGAGCAGAUACUUGAUGCAAGGCUUAGUACAGUUUCCUUUGGUUGGAGGAAAGAAAUGCUUGCUGCUCUAAAAGUUGCAUUGCUUUGCACUGACAACACACCAGCCAAACGACCAAAAAUGAAGAAUGUCGUAGAAAUGCUUCGGGAGAUCAAGUAAAAUCAAAGUAUGUGUGAACUUGUCAUGGAUAUUGAGGAACUGAUGUAUUACAAGUUACAACUUUUAAAUAGUAGUCUUGUAUAUUACAUGGUGAAAGAAUUGAUAGAUCUUCACCUUUCUAGUUUGUCCAAAAUUAAGGAUUAGUUGUGAAAUGUGAGCUUAUCUAUAUGAGUUGGACACUAUAAUUAGGUUGGAGGGAGCAUACAUAUUCAAAGAAAGACCUUCUUGAUACAUGAUACACCAGUUCCUAUUGAGUAUGAUCUAGUCCUAAGUUUCCAUGUUUUGUAUUUUAAUUUAUUUGGGAGAUGAAUUAAUUCAGAUGUCAAUUAGUGUGUUAAAUAACUCCCAUUGAAAUUGAAAUUUCUAGUUUAUUUUUGUUGGGAUCACAGACUAUACAUUUGAUGUGUCUGUCCAUCCAUGGUGUACUUCCUAGUUCUGCUGGAUAUAUAUGUUACUUUUAGA